AUGAGAAAGAUUUGGCGGGGGCAUGAGUACAAGACAAGCCAGCUACACGCUGUUUCUCGCAUCCAGAACUCCUUUCUCACUGUUAUACUGAGUGUCAUCCUUACCAUGCAGCUUCUAACGUGCCUCACAAAUCUACCCUGCUCGGCUUUUCAGAUGAACUUUCUCCUCGCGGCCGAAAUCAACAAUCCAAUAUCAUUCAUAUAUGUGCAGCGAUGGGAUGUCUAUUUAGUUAUAGCCCUUAUUGCAGCUACUCUCGGAAAUAUACUUUUGGUAUGCUUUUUAGUCUUGCUAUUCUAUAAAAGGACCAAUCACUCAGUUAUCUCAAAUAUCCAGUUCUUCUUUGCGUUUGCUUCGUUUCCUUUGAUUAUACCCGUACUCAAUCUCUUCUAUCCAUCCUUUCUCAUUCUUAGUCGUAUAGGUAGUAGAAACCUUGUUACGCUUCCACCACUCUUACUCAGCAAACUCCAGAACUCACUUACGCUGAAGAUAGAUGGAAACUUUUCAAAUGUGUACCAAUACCUCGUUCCUUUUUGGAUCUACGUCUCUGUUCCGCUGUUGGGCUUUUUCGCGCUAGCAAUUCUAAGUAUCGUGCAUCUACACUGGUCUGACUAUGAUAUAAAGAGUCCUGUCAUUAUAACCAACGGCUACUUGCUUCUACCACACCUGUUUCUCUGUGUUUUCAUUAAGUUGUUUGAAAUUCUUCACUAUCCAUACUACUAUGGACAUUCUGAGAUCCUCAUGUCUGUACUUUUGUGUCUCGUGUCCACGUUCUUUUGUCUUUACUGCAUAAGUACAUCUAUUUUCCUCUCCCUCUUUCAGAAUCUCGCGUCCAUCUUCUUCUCCGUCAUCAUUACAUUUGUGUGCUUUCUGCAUCUUGCCUACGGUGCAAACUGGCCGAUACCAUCAAUUCCGGUACAAAUACUCAUAAUCUUCAGUUUAAUAGAGGCGUCGUUUCUUUUUACCAACUUUCAAUUCAGGCACUUGAUCGAGCGCACUAUCCGAUUCUUGGCCGUAGGUGGUAUGAACGUUCGUGCAAGCACGCAGGUGGUUCCCCAUGGUACAGGAGCUGCAGAUGAGAAUAGCUAUGAGGCCAAUAGCCACGGAUAUACCCAUAGAAGCGAGGACUUACAACUGGCGAACUCUGAGCCUUUUCCGGUGGUGGAAAUUAUGGCUCCGUUGAGCAGCUCUUCAAAACUGGUUCUUUCUUUGACAACCUUGCUCUACUUUCUUUGGAUUUUAGUCAGCUAUCCGUUUAUGCGCAUUUCAGGAAGAGCGUAUCUGAACUCGCGGUCGCACCGAGACAGGCUUAUCCAGUCAGAUCAGUGGUCGCGUCAUGCACACUCGAGAGCUGAUGCCUUUUCCCCAGUAAUAUCCGUUACCAACUUCAAACGAGUGGGCAACACUGGGGCAUACCAGAUGUCACAAGCUAAAGGAGACAACAGUCAGUCUGCUCCUUUGCAGUUCCACUUCACACGUGGAACUGAAGUAAUAUCUGUACCGUUACUCCCGAGGACUGAAUACGAUGAACAUGGCAACUAUGUGGACCUGAAGUUUACAGAGCUUCUUCACGAGAAGCAGGUCGCCAAGGAGUGGCGAAUAUUUGAAAAAACUAGAAGGCUACACAAUUCUGAGCAGUAUAUCCGUGACUUCCAAGGGCUCAAUGCAGCCAGAAACGUCCCUGUGCUCUCGUUUCUCAAAAUGCUUGCUGACUUCAAUCGCUUAACAUUUCUAGACAAGAUCUUGAUCAAAUCAUAUAUGCGCGAUCACAACAAUAGAAGGGGUCUUUCUCCCACUAAAAACCCUGGACUCUACUUUCGUCGACUUGAGGAUGUCCUAGUAGUCUGCGCAUAUAUUAGUAACUUUUACAAAUACAAGAUUCUGCACACUACUUUCUCAGGCCAAAAGGUUUUUAGCUCUUCAAAUGUGCUCCAGUAUUGUUUCAUCAGAGAGAUAUGUUUUGUCCUGGAGGCUCACUGGUCGAAUCCCUAUGUGAUUGCUCUUUUAUAUUACUCUCUACUGCUAAGCAUAUGUAACAAUAGAGCAACAGUGGCAAAGGAAACAGGGGAUCUAUUAAAUUUUGGGAUUACAUCCACUGAUGCUGAGAAUCUCUUUCAGCAAGAUAUCUGCUUUAAGCGUGAGAGCCAGGAGGAGUUUGUGAAGUUCGUUUUGGAAAACAAGGAUUCACUCAUGAGUCACAUGCAAACGAGGCUGGACGAAUAUUUUGACAAACUCCACCCUUUUAUGAAGAAAAAUGGCAACGACAGAGGCCUUGACGAGGAAGCCGCUGCUAGCUUUGAUGCGACAAUUGAAAAGCUUCAUCUUCGCAUUCUAGAAUCCCAUGUGACAGCGAUCUCGGUAGACGAAAAGCUUAUGCCAGGCUCAUCAGUCAUAGCUACCUGGACGAACAACAUGAGGCUUCUCCGCGGCAAACUGAACCCCGAGCAGAAUCUUCUACGUAGGCAGAGGGUGUCCAAAGAUCCUAGAUCUUCAAGUAUCCCAGGAGCCAAAUCCCUCGAGUUGCAGAAGCUUUUUACAAACGCCAUAAAGACUGUCAGCUCAGUUCCACGCACUUCAGCGCUUGCCAUGUUCCACUUGGCAAAGAUACACAUGCGCAGUAUCCUUGGGUCUACCAACGAGAUCACCAGCGACAUACAGCUAAGCGAGCUAGCUAUGACGCAAACAAUAGUUCAACUUUUCAUAGAGAUCUAUAAGGAACAGCACAAUGAUAUCAAUUUUGCCUUCCUUUCGCUAUGCCAAUUUCACUCUUCAUUUGACGGAGUAAUCAGCUCUUUUAGAAACAUUCAGAAGCGGCACAAGCAUGACCCAAUUCAUACCAUUCUCCAUCUAAUGCUUCUAGUCUUCUUGCCCCUCGUUCCCCUAGACUCAUACCAUUAUCGGCGCCUCCUAGACAAGUAUAAAAACACCAAUCUAGUUAUAUCAAACGACGGGACUCCGUUUUAUAUAAAGCAUAACGUCAACAAGGUAACGAUAUAUCGUUCUUAUGAGGUACUGGCCAAGUUUUGUUCUUUAAAGAAGUUCUCUCGUAUCCUCUAUCCACUCUUCGCGAACGAUCGGACAGUCUAUGACGAUAGAUUCAUUGUUGAAUCUAGCCUGCGCAUAGGAACAGCCGAGACAAGGCCUCUGGUGGGGAAGGAUGCACAGUUUAUAUUCAACGUGCCAGGUACUGUCUGCAAGAGAGUUCUCGCUGGCCUAGACAAAGAGCGAGGUAAGAUCAAGAAAUACGCAUCAAAUAUAGAUCAGCUGAAUGAGAUGAAACGACUGAGAACAAUUACAACAGUACAGAAUUCACGCUUCAUCAAGAAGAACCCUGUUACUAAUGCUAUAUAUCUUAGUGUCACGCGGGUUGAAUAUCUAGAUGCCUUGGUCAACACAUGGGGCAACAAGGCAAGGGGCGCCAUCAAGCUAAUAACUCAGAAACGCUCGUUUAUCCCUUGGAAGGUGAUCGAGGGGCUUAUUUACCUAAUGGUUAUUACUAUCUUUUUUUCGUUGAUAUUUAUUACCCCACUAAGGCAGCUGGACGGGCUCGCUACAUUUCUUGGAAACCUCGACAGACACAUUAAAACUAUUGACAAGAUUCAUAGCAUGCUUGUUGGUAUAUCCCAUCUUCCUGAUAAUUACAUCAGACCCCUCAAUAGCUUUUUUAAAGAACUCAAGGAUGCAAUCAAUAAUGUCAAUGCUUACUAUCCCCAUUGGAACCCUUCUGUGCCAAUGUAUAAUACUCACGUCUACACGCGGGUUCCGCGCUACAUGGAUACCUGGACAGCCUCUACCCUGCCUGUGUACAUCCAGAAGCAAAUUUUUGACCUGAUUAAAGCCUAUCCAUCACAUGGGCAGAAUCUUUCAUACUACAAGGGUGAGUUCUCCAAGCUUAUGGAGCCUCUCCAUCAGUAUUCGGACUACUUCCUCAAGCACUCCGAUCCACUACUUCCUUUGGACACCACGCGGCUAAACGCAAGCGUCCGCGUUCAACUUAUUAUGUGGCUUCUUGCUAUUCUUGUCAUUGUCUUUGCCUAUAGAAUGCAAGUAACCUUUAACCAGAUGCGACGCGACUAUACCAUAUUGCUUCACCUUUUUAUUAAGCUCCCGGUUGAGAUCAGGAAAGAAGUUGCUUCCUAUUGGAUAUCUCAUAACAUUUCGCGCCUGCGCCUAGCCGACAUUUUUCAUCGUAACUUGCCAGCGUAUUGCGAAGGUCUUCUCAGAGAUAUAAAACGGCUGAACAACGUCGAAACAAACCCCAGCAAGUUAGAUCUAGAGGUUCUACAAGGUACCCGCACCAAUUCUGAUCGGUACAGCCGGCGCAUGCAGAUGCUUCUCAAGAAGUACAUCUCCACGAUGGACGAUGAGGUCAACGACACGGCACAGAUGAGUGCAACGAUUGCUAAGUACAUCCGGAUUCAGCAACGGCAUAAGCAAAUAUUAGAUAUUGCUAUAGCUCAACAAGACAAUCGACCAGAAGAGCGUCUUGAUGAUGGCACAGUGGCUCCAACUGACCUGGAAGUUGGCACACAUCUGUCUACUACGCAAGUCGGCACUGGUAGUAAGCUGCCAAACUUUUUACCUACGCAGAGAUUAGCUACUUGUUCGCAAACAGAGUCGUCAAAAUACUCAUCUACCACCAAAGCACCUCUCACUAGGAACUCGGCUACGAAAACGCAGUGGCCCAGGGUUUCCCAGGAGAACAAGUGGAAUGUGAUACUGUACGAUAUAUGGAGGCCUAUGGUUUUGCGAAAAAGCUUUCUCUCUCGUGAGUUCAAAAAGUGUAACACUGAGCUAUAUUAUCUCUACACUAGAAUGUCUGCACGUUCAUCCUCCUUUGAGUGUCAACCUUUUUUGGAACCUUUGAGCCGCCAAAAGAGAAGGGACAGACGUAUGCGUCAGAGCGAACUAGGUUACGCCCAGAACUCUCGUCUUCAUCACACGAUGGUUAAUAAAGACGAUAUGACGCACGUUACAGAAACUAGUGAUACUUCUGAUUCAUAUUUACAGGCAAUUAGAGAUGAUGUCGCUGAUGGUUCCCCUCAAGAUUUGCAUCUAGAGCCUAUGUGUGGGCCUACUUCGAUGUUUAGCAUUAAAUCUAAAGAGCUAGCAAACCCAAAUUCACUUUCCAACAAAAUAAAGGAUAGAACACUGCAAUCCACACAACUUACAAUGCAUAAGACCAAGACACCCUGCUACGACUCUCUUGCUCAUGACAGAGGGCUUCUCGACUCACAGGUCCAUACACGCCCCGAGGAUCCAAAGGAUAGGUGUUGGAGUCUUCUAGUGUGUAAGAAAAAGCACCGUUGUCUUAAAGAAGAGAAGACAUCUCGGUGGAAGCUCUCCUCUAAAGAUGCUCUCGACUGGUCCACUUGGCGCAAGCGACAUUUGUUGCUUGUCUUUAUAGGGAUCUUAAUUUUCUGUUUAUUCUCCAUAAUGCAGAUAUUGGGCUGCAUAUACAUUCAGUCAUUUUCAUCUGUACUAUAUUCCAUGCAAAGGGCUAACUUGAAAAGUGGAUACUUGGCAGAGAAGCUGAGUGCCUUGUCCCUUGAUGAACUCCACGGACACAUAGCUCAUAAUUAUGCCAUCACUUUGGAUGACAGACUCUACUCACAGUACUCUACCCUACUCGCAGGACCAACGGUGCACGAUAUGAUAUCUGAAAUUUUCAUCGAUACAGAGUUGAUGCAAGCACGCUCUUGGCUUUUCUCUACACUGCUACGAGAGAUAGAAGCUGCUGUUUCUGAGCUCAGACGGCUAAAUACCAUUGGUGUGUUCUUGGCACAUCUCUCUCAGUAUAAGUCCGACGAGCUGGUGGACCUAGUUCAGCCAACGAAUCCACGCUUCAAGCCACAUGAUUUUCUCACGGACUAUGUGUACCUUUAUAACAAUUAUAAUAUGAGCGCAGAACUAUCGGAUCCAGACUCUAUUCGUUCUCAAUUAUCCAAGGCAGUGAUGGAUGCAGAUUUUGAGGAACAGAUCUAUGGGUAUAAUAUUCUGAACCAGACUCAGCCGUCUUACACAAACCUUAUGUCCGAUGUGAUCAAUUCAGACGCUGAUAUGCGAAGGGCUAUGUCCUUGGGAACGUUCAAUUCUCUAUACUACUACAAGGUCGUAUACGCUGUUAGAAAGCUCUCGCGCGCGCUGAUGCUUGAAAUGCUUCGACUUCAAACCAUAAGCUUCCUCGACGAGACAGUAGAUGGAAGAGACUUUUAUCUUCUUUACUUCAAAAGAUUUAUUAAGUCCUCUAUUAUAUCCAAUCUGGGUCAGCGUAACGUGUUUAUGAACAUCUUUUAUCAUGGGAACACGUUUGUCAAUCCUGUUUCCCUAACGCACAAAUAUAUCUCUAAGCACCAUACAGACUCUUAUCAACGAAUAAUUUUACAACCAUUUGUUCAUUUUAAUUUAACAGAUGGUUCAACAGACACUGCUCUUCAAAAGAUAUUAUCUAUGAAGCUUGUUGACGUCGAAGAUUCUUCUGGUAAUAUAGACACAUACAUCAUUCGCCAGUUCAUGAUCUAUAUAACGAUAUUCAUUGCGAUAGCAUGCAUCUCUUACUGCUCAUUUUUUCUUAUUUUCAAAUAUCUCUAUCAGAUCAAGUUCAAAAAGUUUUUAAUAUUCAGCUUAGUAUUGUUGGGAUUAUCAUUAUUUUUACUGAUAGUAUCAUUUAUCUAUUUGAUAGUGAAGGUAGCAUCAACGCGAGAUCUCACUAACUUUAAUAGAUUUGUGGCAGUUAUCACACCAGCAGUCUCUAUACGCAACUGGAUCUUAGAUAUAGCUCUUAAGAGUAAGCAUCUCACCUCUGCAUGCCUUGAUGUCGAGAACCUAAUGCACAGCACACCUCCUCAAAAUGCAAGUGCUUUCACAUUCCAGACCCUUGAUAGAUUGGCAGGGUCCCUUUCCAUUGCAAUGGAGAAGGGCCUAGCUCUUGAACAAGGAGGCUAUGACCCGCUUUAUCCAGAUCCCCAUGUCUAUUAUUUUGAUCGCUAUCUCCGGCAGAACUCAGAGGCUUACAUGACAGAUGAGAAGCUCAUUCUAAAUUAUGAAUUGAAUAACGGAACACUGGACUCUCGAGCAGCUAGAAGCAUACUUGAAAGCAGAGUCAAGAAAAUUUCGGCAGCCUCCAGACGGAGACAGCGCCACAUGGAUUUCAUAACUGGACCAAAUGGUAAUGCAUAUGCAGUUAUGAACGAGCUUAUGCUUUUACUUCCGGAGCAACUAGCUAUUCCUUAUUAUAAUGCUAUCUUGUAUGCUAAUAGCCUUGAGUCGCAGCGCUUUCUCACAUGGUUACGAGCAGAGAUACCGAAGAGGACUGGGAAAAGCCUUUCUGAGACGCAUUUUCUUCAGGACAUGGUCCAACCUGGCUCCACUCAUACUAAUAUUUUAUACUAUUAUAAGCGGCCAGCAGUGACGCGGUUUGCUCAACACUCUCAUCUCUUAUCUCUUAAUACGCUGUCCCAAGGAAUGAUUCGGUAUCUAGGGGCCACUAGGCGAGCGUUGGGGUAUUACUGCUUGUGGCGUGAGAAAACCCUAGCUAAAUCGCCGACAUCUCAAGAUCCUAUCGUUAACCCCUUUGUAGAAAUACUUGAAAACCUAGAGGAGAUAACUCCUAGCGGCGUGUUGUAUGCGCUACGUGCUCCCCGAAAAUUUGUCAAGGACAUGAUAGACUUUAACGAGCCAACGAAUCCACAGAGCGAUCAAAUAGAGCAUAAUCCUUAUCGUUAUCAGUUCAGUCCUCUAAGUGUCGAUCCGAUGCCGCAUCUGUCUGGUUAUCCCUACACAAGUAGUGACCUUAUCCCCCAUAACCUUGUAGCAUUUAUCUCCUAUAAUCAGCAGAUCUCAAAGUAUCACCUGGACAACUAUGUAGAACUGAUAGAGCUUCUAAACACGAUAAUGUUCAGUAACUUGGAGCAAGCAGCCCAAAAGCACAAUGCCUGGGUUGAACGUAGUGGCCUCACCGUUGGAUUGUUCACAAUAGGUCCAUACAUCUUCGGACUCGGUAUCAUAUGCUGCGUAAUAGUGAUUAUGGAGUAUCUGACAACUACUUUCUCUGUUCUCUUCCCGUUCUUAGCGAAAAACGAUGCAAUGAUAGACCAACUACGCCCAGAACUUCUCUUCAAGCAGCGGAAAUGCUAUAGCGUUAUGAUCACCAUUAGAAGGAUACUUCUCAUUCUCAUGGCGGUGCUAUUUGUCGUUAUUUCUCUGUGUUUGGUCUACUACACCAACCUAUUGCUAUACAUAGAAAAGCUCCUUUACGUUAUAACCAGAUUGGUACAUGACACCUCCAUGACCAGAUCUAAGUUACUGAAGGUUUUAGCUUGCAUGACGAGCUCCUCAGAUGAGUGUAGACUUGUGGACUUGUCAUUAAGAUUGAAGGAGUUGCGGAGCAGCGCCGAUGAAUUGUUCUAUAGCAUGAGCUUCUUGGAGCUCAACAAGGGAUUGCAGAUCCCCUAUAUCAGCGCAACGUGGCUGAAUCAAAGCCUUGCCAGUCAGCGUAACUUUCGUCAGAAGAAGUUGUUCCUCGACUCAGCGUCAAUCUAUCCUAUUGUCGGUGGGUCACUAACUUUUGAUACUCACGUAUACAGAGCCUUCCAUGAUACAACCAACAUCCUGAGCAUAUCCUUCCAGUAUGAGGCUAUCAGGGAUCUGGCCAUGCUGUACUGGGCCAUCCAGCAGGGAGAUAUUUACACCGCACUACUAAGCUCCAUCUUUAAAGAAGCACAUGCCUUGUGGUCAGUGGAUUAUAAUAGUUCACAAGUAUAUCUAAAUGAACUUGUGACCUCUGGUUUGACGAAUCCGCUCUACAGGUCGAUUGCAAGUUAUUUAGAUGACAAUCGGAUAGACUUUUUCCAGUUAGCUUCAACGCUAAAUAUUACAAUUACAAAUAAAGACAGAUACGAUAUUUAUAGAGAGAUUUAUCAAAAAACAGUCAACAAAUUUUCUACCAUUUUUGAUAUUGAAAGUUUAACUGCCAGGAAUGUUAAUUGGACACAAUACAUCUACAACAUAAGCGUGUUUUCUCACGACAGCAAGAUUCAGGAAAUUCUAGAUGCAGACAGACAGGAGCUUGGCAACUACAGUUUGCCGAGCAUCAUACGAAUUCUUUCGAUAUUCCACAGAGACAUGAUGAGCAUGUACAACAGCGUCCUUCGCGACGACAACACCGCCCUCUACACCGACUUCAUCAGCGAAUCGAUUCUGUACCAACACAAAUCCACCUCAAAAGUCAAGGAUGAUAUGCAAAAGAAGGAUGCCUUGUAUAACUCUAUCUUACAGUGCAUAGUUAACACUGGGGAGCUAGAAAUACUAUUGGGUCUGUACCAACAAGAGCUGCAAUCUGUGCUGUUGGACAGGCUGCGAACAAACGCCUUUUGGAUAGAUAUUUUGAUUAGCUCUCUGUGCAUCAUGGUAGUUGGGCUUUUCCUUGCCUAUUUGCCGCUUCUGCGGAUCACUAGAGACAUUAAAUUUAUAGCUAGCAUAUUGCGCAUGAUACCGCAUGAUAAGUUCAAGCGGUUGAAUGCUUAUUAUAGCCUCCUUCUAUACGAAAAGUAA